GCGUCACCUGACGCAGCACGUCAGUUAAUUUGAUUAAUUAAAACACCUGUGUAAACAGGAAGCAGCGGGGAAAAGUUGGGUCUCGGCAGAGCUGCGUGCUGAGUGUGGCAGUAGAAACCUGUGGUUCAACCGGUGGUUCACAUGGAACAGAAUGAUAAAGAGGCCGCUGAGGAGUCAGCCAGGAUGACUCUGAACGCAGGAGGAGACACCGGGUACGGCAGCGUGGCGGGCCCCGGGCUGUCGAGCAGCGUGGGCGGCUCGGAGUCGGCCCCGCUCCUCAUCCCGGAGGAGGAGGAACCGGGGAGCCUCCAGCAGUGGCGGCCGCUCAGCAAGGAGGAGCUGGAGGUGGCGGCGGGGGGUCCGGGCUGGAGGAAGGUGCGCUGCUACCUGGUGCUGCUCUUCUGGCUGGCCUGGCUGGCCAUGCUGGCCACCGCCAUAGCCGUCAUAGUGGUCAGCCCCAAGCCGGUGGUGACGCCGCUCAAGUGGUGGCAGAAGGCGCUCUUCUACCAGCUGCAGCCCGGCCAGGCCGAGGGGUCAGAGGGCAUCAACGCGCUGUGUGAGCAGCUGCCCUACUUCAGGUCCCUGGGCAUCGGAGCUCUGAUCCUGGAGGGCCUGUUUGACAAGAAGGCGUCUCCUCUAAACCUCAAUGCGUCUGGAGAAGGGUUCGGGACUAUACCUCAGAUCAAGCAUCUACUUGCAGAGAGCAACAAAGCAGGUCUCAAAGUGGUGUUGGACGUGUGUGAGCUGGAUCUGUCGGGACCUCCGGACGGAGCAGCUGAGACCUCCAGCCUCUCAACCACACAUGCAGUGCAGUUCUGGCUGGAGCAGGGGGCCGCUGGCUUUUCCAUCUGUGACACGGACGCAGCAUAUUCAGAAAAGACUCUGCUGGAGUGGAGAGGAGUCUUCAAAGCAUUUAGCAGCGAGGAUGAGGAAAGGAUUGUGGUGGUGAAGCAGACAAAAGACGUGCUGCCUCCUCUAGACUCCAGCCAGAGCAACGUUACGCUGGUGGACGUGGUCAUGAGGUCAAUUCUGCCGCCAUCAGAACGACCUCUGUCAGUACAGGAAGUGGCUGAGAACAUAGAGAAACACCUGCAGACAAGACAAGAAGACAUAUGGCCCAGCUGGACAGUUGGAGGCAAAACAUCCAGUGACUUAAAGAAAUUACUCCUGGUGCUGAUGAUGACGAUGCCAGGAUCCCCCACAGUCCAGUACGAUGAAGACCUCGACCAAAGACAGAACGUGUCUCUGAAAGAUGGAUCGUCACAUAGAGACACAAACGAACCAUUAGCCAGCAGUACAGAAAAGGAGAAGACGAAGCACUCUGCUGUAACUCUCUUCACCACGCUCAGUCACUCCAGAUCCAGAGAAGAAGCUCUUCUGUUUGGCAGCUUCACUUUCCUCCCCUUCCACUCCUCCAACUCCUCCUCCUCCUCCUCCUCCAACUCCACCACUUCCUCUCCUCCAUCUCCCCCCAUCCUGGCCUUCUUGCGCUCCUGGGGUUGUGUCCACUUCCUCAUUCUGCUCAACGUGGGCUCUGAGCCUCACGCCCUGGACCCUGCCUGGGCCCCCAGCCUGCCCAAAGCCGGAGUGUUUGUGACCAACACGGGCCUGGACCGUCUGGGGGCCACGAACCUGGACGUGCUGGAGCUGAAGCCACACGAAGCCAUCGUCAUCAAACUGUUUGAGGCAGGAAGCUACUCGUAGAGCUUCUCUGCAGUCCGUUAGUGGAGAUUUAGCUCUUUUCUCUCUUACAGAAUGCCUGAAACUGUUUGCUUUUUUUGAAGGUGUGAUUGUUUUCACUGAAAAUAAAAUAAUCUUAUG